UAAAAAGUAGAGGUUGAGCUCCCUUCCCUCAGAGGAGUUUUACUGCAGUUUGUGCAAGACAAGAGGUUGUGGAUUUCCCCUAUGAUGGCACUGAUUAUGACUCGGAGUAUGCGGCUCAAUGUGGAGAAUGUGGAACCAGGCAUGGCUGGAAGGAAAGCUGCUGUGUCCAAGCCUGUGCUGAGGCCUAGGAAUGCACUGGGUGAUAUUGGGAACCAAAUCAGCAAGGCAAAAGUUCCCCUAAAGAGAGCAACAAAAGCACUUCGCAAACCCCCUGUAGAGAAAUCGGAGAAACUGAUUGUGCCAGAAGACUAUGUCCCUAAGGAAGCAGAGACGCCCGUGCCUGAUUCUCCUAACCCAAUGGAGACUUCUGUGUGUGUAAUAGAAGAGAUACCUCCAGCUUUCUCCAGUGCCCUAAUUCCAAUAAAAGAUGUAGAUGCAGAAGAUUCAGACAACCCAAUGCUGUGCAGUGACUAUGUGAAGGACAUCUACUGUUACCUUAGAAACAUGGAGGUCAAACAAGCAAUCAGGCCACGCUAUCUAGAUGGUCAGGAGAUCAAUGGAAACAUGAGGGCCAUAUUGGUAGACUGGCUUGUGCAGGUCCAUCUGAGGUUUAAACUGCUGCAGGAGACCAUGUCUAUGACCAUAGCUAUUCUGGAUCGUUUUCUGCAGGAAAAUCCUGUUCCCAAGAAACUGUUGCAGCUGGCUGGUGUGAGCGCCAUGUUCAUUGCAUGCAAAUAUGAAGAGAUCUAUUGUCCAUCAAUUGGUGACUUUGCCUUUGUCACUGACCACACUUACACAAAGUCCCAAAUCAGAAACAUGGAAAUGCAAAUCCUUAGAGUUCUCAAAUUUGACAUUGGGAGGCCACUGCCACUGCAUUUCUUGAGAAGAGCAUCUAAAAUUGGGGAGGUGGACUCUGUACAUCACACACUGGCUAAAUACCUAAUAGAGCUGGUUAUGACAGACUAUGACAUGGUGCACGUACCUCCCUCCCAGUUGGCGGCAGCAGCUUUCUGUUUGGCAAUGAAGAUUCUUAAUAGUGGAGAAUGGACUCCUGUUCUUGAGCACUACAUGGCUUAUAAAGAGAGUUCCCUUAUGCCAGUCAUGCAGCACAUCGCAAAGAAUAUUGUAAAGGUCAAUGGAGGACAUACAAAGUUCCUGUCUGUAAAAAGCAAAUACAGCAGCAGUCGACAGAUGAAGGUCAGCUGCCUGCCCCAUCUGAAGUCUGAGCUUGUGGAAAGCCUGGCAAAAGCAGCGUCAUAAGACUCUAUUUCUAACACUUUUUACCAAUGCUCUUAACUGUAUUUUAUCCUUUUUAAUAAAGAUUAUUUUAAGUGUG